CUAAAAAGCGCCGCGAUGGGCAGGGAGGGUCCAUUCAUUCCCGGAGAAGCGCUCGAGUGCCCGCGCUGGUCGCCGGCGAGGCCUGCUUGGCUAGUGACGCGAUGGCUCCUUCGCUCCCGCUGCUGGCCGCCCUGCUCGCCUGCUUGGCGCUGCUCGGCGGCGCCCGCGGCUCGUGGAGCCGAGCCAACACCUUCUGCCACCUGGCGCGCGCCGCGGGAGGAGCCCGCAGCCGCCUCCUGAGCUUCGUGUGGCGGCGGCCCGACGGGGCGGCCCCGGUGCUGGUGCAGAGCGCCUGGGACGCGCAAGGGCGCCUGCUGCGGUGCGCGGCCCGCGUGGAGCGCUCCCUCGACGGCGCGGCUCUGGCUUCCUCCUGCGCCCGGCGCCGGCGCGGCUCUUUCGGGCGCGCCUUCUGGGGGCCGGAGCUGCGGGGCCAGCUGGAGGUCCUGGAGGCGCAGAAGGCCUCCUGCGAGGGGUGGCCGGAGCUCUCGGCGGGUCCCGCGGGGGUCCAGCGGACGCCCGCGGAAGGGCUGGCGGGACCCGAGGCGGAGUCGGGGCCCCCCAAGAAGCGCGUCCGGCGCGGCUUUACCAUGCCCGGGACGGUUUGGUGCGGAGCUGGGGACUCGGCGGGCAACUUCUCUGAGCUGGGGGUUUUCCAGGGCCCAGACGUGUGCUGCAGAGAACAUGACCAGUGCGGAGGCCAGAUCCCUGCCUUGGGAUACAACUACGGGAUGCGCAAUUAUCGCUUCCACACCGUCUCGCACUGUGACUGCGAUGCCCGGUUCCGGCACUGCUUGAUGAAUCUGAACGACACCAUCUCCAACCUGAUCGGUGUCAGCUUCUUCAACCUGUUGGAAGUCCCCUGCUUUGUCCUGGAGGAGAGCGAGGAGUGCCUGGAGUGGCAUUGGUGGGGCGGGUGUAAGACGUACGGCCCUUUGCCCACGGCUCGCUUGGUGGAGCAGAGUCAGUAUCACGUUUUGCCACUCGGCGAGGGACCUGACCCGGCUUUGCCUCCGCCCCGCCCUGGGAGGCGCAGGGGCAAAGGUCGGAAGCACGGCUGGAAGAGCCGGAAGCGUCUGGGUCAAGAGGCUACUGAAGUGCAGAGGCUACAUCCGGAACCUCCCAAGGUCCAGAGCUCCACCACUCCACUGAUCCCAGUCUCCAAGCCGCAUCUGCUGGUCCCUGUGAACCCAAGGACUACCCCCAUUACCAGGGGAACAGCUCCCUUGCGGCCCAAUAUUGGGGCAACGACAGAAGCAGGCCUGUUGAAGACGGGUGUUGCUCAUGCAACAGAGCAGCCAGGGGUCCAGCGUGUCCCCACGGAAGAAGCAGGACAGCCCGAUGAGACAGUGACGGAGAGAAAGCCGUUCACGAGAAUCCAUGGGCACAAACAUACCACUGCACCAGAUAAGCAAGCCCCGUCGCGGAGCUGCAGCUGCUACAGGCGCCUGGAUCAAUGCCCGUAUCGGAUCUUGCCCUACGAGGUCAAAUACCAGCUGAACAAUGCAGAUUCUCGCACCCUUUUCCAUUGCAACUGCACCCGCAGGCUGGCCCGGUUCCUGCGCAAGACGAAAGGCCCCAACGAAGUGGAAGGAGAGGUCCUGUCUGAUUACGUCUCGUCCUCUUGCUUCAUCCUCCAGAGCCCACCAGGUUGCAUGGAGGGGGAGGAGGAACAGCCCAAUUGCAUUGACGUCGGCCGUGCCAUCCUGACCCCCGCCCGGCACCUCACCAACCGGCUGACACGGAAGCGUGUGGGCCCGUCCCUCAAGGUGAAGCGGCAGGAGCGGACUCCCGCGAGCCAGCCUCUUCAGCUGUUUGAGAAGUGCCUGCAGCUAGCACGGGCUGCACGCCAUGCUGUGCCCCCCUGAACCGGGGGGCAGAGUCUUCAUCUGGACAGUGGGGGGGGGCAGCUAAGCCAGGCCCCGGUGGACUGAGCAGAGAGCGCUUCCCCUGUGGAACUUGCACACCACAGGGCCUGGUGCGGUUGGAGGGUGGGUCCUCUGAGGGCCUACUCACCUGUGGUGUCCCCGAGAGUGGAAAAGGAAGGCAGCAGUGUUAAUACCCUGAGGUCUGAUUGAAGCGGUGCUCUCUGUCUGCCCCUGGCGUGUUGAGGUGGACCCCUCACCUCAAGGCAAGGCUAUCGUACAAGCCGGAAGCCAAGCUGAGCAUCUGUGGAACUCCCCACCACUGGCUUUCAGUCUCCAGGCAACCACUGUGAACUACCAAGAGUCUGCUCUGUGGCUGUGGGGUGACCUGGCCUAUCUCCAGGGAAUGCAGGCUUGUGGCCCAACCCUUGGGUCAUUUGGCAUCCCUCCACAAGGAUGAAGGUACUACUGCGUGAUGGGAUGGGGGAGUCUUGGACCCCCGCGGAGUCCUCCUUGGUCUUGGGCCAUGACGCUACUCCAGGUCUAAGCAGAGUCGGAUGCGGAAGCUCCUCUUGCAUGAAGGACUAUUGCAAGAGGAGUUGUUCCUGAGCAAGCUCUUGAAGGCACCUGCUGAUGGUUUUCUCUUUACCCCCUUUAACUUGCCCUACACUCCUCUGGCAUGUACAGUGGGGUCAGGCACUCUGCAACUUGCCUCUAACUUAUUACGUGGGUCCGGCCCGGCUCAGGGCCGCCAAUAAAGUAGUAAUAAAGAUGGUUUCCUUUGGGG